UUCUUUGUGUAUUUUUCUCUGCAAAGAUAGCACUACUUUCUUCACCAUUUGUUUACUUUUAAAAUUAGAUGAAUUUUAAGCACCGGUAGGACUUCUUUACGCAACAAACGAAGCGACAUUUUAGCGUAAUCCCCGCUAAGCCUCCUAUUUGAAGGACAACGCUAAACGUUUAAUAGAAAGAAAAAAAAUCAUUCGCGUCGAUGAGGUUUGGCGAUAUAGAAAGGAAAAUGGGAACCAAAUAAGGAUUUGUCCAAAUGAGUUGGAUGUAUGACGCAGAGGAAGUAUUUUACUUCAAAAAAAUCGCUACCUCCCACAAGAAAAUCCCAAAGAUAAUGGCGCUUAAUGGUUUCCUGGAGUUUUUCCAAAAGGAGAAGACUUUUCGACCCAAGAAAAAAUUUAGCCAAGGAACCAUCCGUUACUCGCUGCACAAACAAGCCCAUGCCAGUCUACAAUCAGGUAUUAAUUUAAAGGAUGUGGUCAAAUUACCAACGGGAGAAAAUAUGAACGACUGGCUAGCGGUACACGUAGUGGAUUUUUUCAAUAGGAUUAACUUGAUUUACGGCACAGUAUCGGAGUAUUGUAACGAAACCACCUGUCCGACGAUGAGUGGUGGCUCGAAGUACGAGUACCUAUGGGCGGACGGAGAAAUCUUCAAGAAACCCACGCAGCUUCCGGCCCCACGCUACAUUGCGUUGUUGAUGGAUUGGGUAGAGAACCAAAUCAACAACGAAGCCCUCUUCCCGGUGUCUACUGAUGUGCCAUUUCCGAAGUCAUUUCCAACUCUUUGCAAGAAGAUUUUGGCAAGAUUGUUCCGGGUUUUUGUGCACGUGUACAUUCAUCAUUUCGAUCGAAUCGUCAGUAUUGGUGCGGAAGCCCACGUAAACACAUGCUACAAGCAUUUUUACUACUUUAUUCAGGAGUUCGAUUUGAUGUCCGCCAAAGAGCUGGAGCCACUCUCUGUGAUGACUGCUCAGAUGUGUAAAGAUUAAAGACAGUUGAUGAUUAGAAUAGAUCCGAUAAAAAAAUUGUUCAAUUUGGAAUGAUUCGUUCGGUUGCUCGAUUGGUAGUCUAGAUUGUUUAUUUGCCUUGAAUAAAGAAGAAUUGGACUAGAA